AAGAAAAGAGACGCCUCACUAAGGGUAAAGGAUCAUCGGAGAUCCAGCAGUUUUAUAAGGAGCAAGUGGUUUUUCUGACCGGUGGCACUGGGUUCUUGGGCAAAGUGCUGAUUGAAAAAUUGCUCCGGUCGUGCGGUGACAUCGACACAAUAUACGUUUUGAUCAGAAACAAGAAGGGGAAAGAUGCCACAGCAAGAUUGCAUGAGAUGUUGAACGAAUUUUUAUUUGAAAAAGCACAUGAAGUAAACCCAAAAGGAAUACACAAAGUGGUUCCCAUCGUCGGUGACAUGGAACUGCCGGGCCUCGGUAUGAGCGAUGAGGAUAGAAAGACUGUUACCAGCAAGGCCACCGUGAUAAUCAACGCUGCGGCGACGGUGAAAUUCGACGAGAAGCUGUCCGUAGCCACCGCGAUAAACGUCAAAGGCACCAGGGAGGUGUUACGGCUCGCCAACGAGUGCAGGAACCUGAAGGCGAUCACGCACGUGUCCACGGCCUUCGCGAAUACACACAUCAAGUAUAUAGAGGAAAAGUUUUACGAGCCGCCGAUGUCUGUAGAGGCUUUGGAGGCUGUCUCAGAACUGAACGAGGAGCUGGUGGAGGGCAUCUUACCAACUUUGCUAGGCAGGCGGCCGAACACGUAUUGCUUCACAAAGGCGGUUGCUGAAGAAGCGGUCAGGAAGUACGGGGAAGGUCUACCCAUCUGCAUCGUCAGACCGGCUAUUGUUGUAUCAACCUACGAGGAACCAGUGCGUGGAUGGACGGACAGUGUGUACGGACCUACCGGAAUUGUGAUCGGAAUCGGAACAGGGGUGUUAAGGACCAUGUAUAUGGACCUGGAUACAGUGGCGGACAUGGUGCCAGUGGAUCUGGUGGUCAAUGCCAUAUUAGCAUCCGCCUGGCAUACGGCCAAGAACUAUAAGGAAAAUCAAACAUCGGACAUUCCUAUCUACAACUUCGUGUCCGGAGCACAGAAUCCAAUAAGAUGGGGAAAGUUCAUUGAACUCAAUCGGCAAUUCGGUAUCGAAGUGCCGACCACAAAAGCUGUAUGGUACUACGGCUUGAAUCCAACUAAUAAUUACUACAUGUUCUUGUUCUACAAUUUCUUCUUACAUUACCUGCCGGCCUUACUCGUGGACACAUACUGCGCCCUCACUGGAAGAAGAAGAGCCAUGCUGAAACUGUACUCCAAAGUUAUGAAGAUGGCCAACAUACUGUUCUAUUUCUCGACACAAGAUUGGAAGUUCUCCGAUCGGAACGUGAGGGGCAUGUGGUCGUCCCUGUCUAACGCGGACAAAGCGAUGUUCCCUUUCAGUUUGCGUGAAAUGUCUUGGGUGCGAUUGUGCGAGACUUUCUUGAUUGGUCUAAGAGUAUACCUUAUCAAAGAUGAUCUGUCAACCCUGCCCGAAGCAAGGAAAAAGUGGAACAGACUAUUCUACCUCCACCAAAUCUUGAAGACACUUUUAGUUAUUUUAAUUUUAAAUUUGACUUACGUCGUUCUGAAGCCUAUAUUCUCAGCCAUACUUGGUUGACAACACACAAUUAUUAGUAGAGAAUAGGCUUAUAUUUAUUGUUUUGAUUAUGUGACUAUACAUACAAAAAAUAAUUUUGUAGAUUUAAAAGUAAAGCACAUGCUAAAUUUUUGUAUGAACAGUAAAUUAUCAUCUUUUAUAUUAUCAAAUAUUUUCUUAAAAGCACUCUUUUAUUUCACAAACAUUUAUACUAGUAAAUCUUUUUUAAUGCUUAUUUAUUAUCGUUAUGAAGCAUUUUAAAUAAUAAAAAGACGAUUGUUUAAUAAUUAAGAAAUCAAAUUUAAUAACAUUUGACCUAUAGCAAACAUAAAAUAAUAUUAAAUAAAUUUGAGACCGUUAAUAUAUAUUUUUUUUAAAUAAAAUGGUGCUUUCAAGUUUUUUUUUUGUUUUUGUAGGUACACCCUAGACAAUCUUCUCUGUCAGUAAAGCCACAUAUUAUAAUGGUUAAAAAAAUAUUUAUUUUUAAACCCUUUAAAUCUGACUUAUUUCUUUUUCUAUAGAUUUUAUCCAAAGUAUGAUAUUUUAUUGUCUCUUUUACUCUUAAUGAUGUGCGACAGGGACAGAAUGUUUUAAGCUGCAAUUUUAGAUUAAUUUCUUUAAUAGCUUGAGAUUAUCAAAGUUAUUCCGUCCAUUCAUUGCUUUAAUUUUACAAUUAACUUUAAAUCGAGAAUUUUAUAUUUUCACCAAUUAAUUAAGUCAUAAACAUUUGGCAUAAAAUUUAAAAUAUAUUUUUAAGAAUUUUAAAAAAGUUAAGUAAAGAUAACUUCUUUGUAAUAAGGGUUAUAGGUUGUAAAAAAGUAAUUAAAUUAUUAUCAUAAUAUUAUAUUUAAAUGUAAUUAGGUAAGUUAAGCAAAUACAAAGGAAAACUGUAUUGGUUUACAAAUCAUUAAUUAUUUAAAACAUAUUAUAUUUGACAAUUUAAAAUCUAUUCUAUAUGUCAUAGCAGGUAUAUGCAUAUAGGAAAAUUGAUUGCUUUGUAAUGGUUUGCUUUUGUGAUAAUAAUUAAUUUUAAUAAACGACAUUUUCUCUGACUUAUUACAAAUAUAUUAAAUCAAAUAAUAGUAGACAAAUGUAUUUUUGUAUUAUUUUUAAGCAAUUUUUAUAUAAGCAAUUCCAACGACAAUAUUAAAAUCUUACCUAACAAUAAAAUUUGUAUUAUGUUUCUUUGACGUCCGAAGUCCAUUAUGAGAGUACAUCGUUUUUAUUGGUUCAACUUCAACUGUUUUCCACUGAUUAACUUAACUUAAUUAUUUUCAUAAGAAGCUGUAAUUAAGUUAUUUUAUUUGAUAUCAUUUGUUGAGCAUUGAGCAAUAAUAAUAUUUUUCACUUCCCACAUUGUUGCGUUUCAUUAUAUAUACCAACUCUUACUAAGCCACAAGGAGAUAACAAAUAGCUCUCUCAUAUUGGACUUCGGACGUCUGACGGAACACAUAAUAUUAUACCUUAUAAUGCGAUUCAACUAAGAAUAGGACCGACUGGGCGCCAUAUUGUGAUGUCAUAGCUGUCAAUUCAAACCAAAUAGAAAGUGAGCAAAAAAAAUUUUUCUUGCAAACCGUAUUUUUCAAGCGACAUUUGACAGAUAGAGGUCAUUGGCUUUCCUUUGAAUAGCAUUAUAUAAUAAAAUUUGUAUAUUUUGACGUCCGAAGUCCACAUAAAUAAUUUACUAUUAUUAUUAUUAUAAUGUCUUCCUGCCCCUUUAGCAUGACCACCGAAACGGGAUAUGAUAAAGCGAUAUCUCGGCAUUAACUGUCAGACUACU